UUUUCAGAUUAGCCUCCGCGCGCUCGCCCUGCCUUCUUGAAAGGCUUGCUGACUCGGCGAUCAAACUUUUGGGCAACAUCAUCACACAUACGAUGAACGCGUUAAUAAUUAAUGUGGUUCUAAUGUUUCUUCUCAUUGCAAUCUGCUCAUCAGUGCCGGCUCCUAGUCAAACGGAUCUCAAGAGAAUAUUUAGAGAAAUCGCUGCAAACGAGAAUGCAUAUGGAGUGAUCCAAGUGGUUCCAUAUUCGGAACGUCUUCCCGCUUAUAUGGUGAUUGCCAACAAGUGGUGAACCUCUCUUCCCAACUUUUUCUUCUUUUCAUUCAAAACUCUCUGUGUUGAACGAAAUAAACUCAUCGCCA